AUAUACUCAAAAGGACAGAGGAAAUCCUUGGAAACCAAAGCCAUGGCGACCCAAACCCUAACAGCGCAGCCAUCCCAUACCAAGAACCGGCUGCCCAAGAACGUGAAGCUAGCGCCAGAGAAUGAACGAUACAUGCGGGCGUGCGCAGACAUUGCGUCUGCGUUGAUUCAGGACUAUGAGGCGCAGGCAGAUCCCACGACCCCAAAGAAAGAUAUCAAUCUGAACCAUCUGCGUGGGCAGAUCAGCAAGAAGCACUACUUGAAGAGUCAGCCACCAUUGACCGCGAUUAUCGCUGCCGUACCUGAGCACUAUAAGAAGUAUAUCUUACCGAAGCUGAUCGCGAAACCAAUCCGGACAUCGUCCGGCAUCGCUGUGGUGGCAGUAAUGUGCAAACCGCACCGCUGUCCACACAUAUCGUACACUGGCAACAUUUGUGUCUAUUGUCCAGGAGGACCAGACUCCGAUUUCGAAUACAGCACGCAAUCCUAUACAGGCUAUGAGCCCACCAGCAUGCGGGCCAUCCGUGCGCGCUACGAUCCUUAUGAGCAAGCCCGCGGGCGCGUAGACCAAAUCAAAUCGUUGGGGCACUCAGUCGACAAGGUUGAGUACAUCAUCAUGGGCGGCACCUUCAUGUCGCUCCCCGUCUCGUAUCGCGAUGAAUUCAUCUCUCAACUCCACAAUGCGCUCUCGGGUUACCAAACCAAGGACGUUGAUGAAGCCGUGGCGGCCGGCGAAAUGAGCAACAUCAAAUGCGUAGGCAUCACUAUCGAAACGCGCCCAGACUACUGUCUCGAUACGCACCUCUCAUCCAUGCUGCGCUACGGCUGCACGCGCCUCGAAAUCGGCGUUCAAUCCCUCUAUGAAGACGUCGCCCGUGACACUAACCGCGGCCACACCGUUACCGCUGUCGCCAAAACCUUCUGCCUCGCGAAAGACGCAGGCUUCAAGGUCGUCUCCCACAUGAUGCCAGAUCUCCCCAAUGUCGGUAUGGAGCGCGACCUCGAUCAGUUUGUCGAAUACUUCUCAAAUCCGGCCUUUCGAACCGACGGCCUCAAAAUAUAUCCGACCCUCGUCAUCCGUGGCACCGGCCUAUACGAGCUUUGGCGCACAGGGCGAUACAAGAAUUACACGCCCAACGCGCUCAUUGACCUUGUUGCACGUAUCCUCGCCCUUGUGCCCCCCUGGACCCGCAUCUACCGGGUCCAGCGCGAUAUCCCUAUGCCGCUCGUCACCUCGGGCGUCGAGAACGGUAACCUCCGCGAGCUCGCGCUCGCCCGUAUGAAGGACUUUGGCACUUCGUGUCGCGACGUGCGCACGCGCGAAGUCGGCAUCAACGAAGUCAAGCACAAAAUCCGUCCCGACCAGGUCGAGCUCGUGCGCCGCGACUACGUGGCUAAUGGUGGAUGGGAGACGUUCCUCGCGUACGAGGAUCCUAAACAGGACAUUUUGAUCGCAUUGUUGAGGUUAAGGCAGUGUUCGGCCGAGCACACUUUCCGCGAAGAACUGGUGGGCCAACCGUCAAGCUUGGUCAGGGAGUUGCAUGUUUAUGGCAGUGCCGUGCCGGUGCAUGCGAGAGAUCCAAAGAAAUUCCAGCAUCAGGGGUAUGGAACGCUGUUGAUGGAGGAGGCAGAGAGGAUUGCGAGAGAUGAGCAUGGGAGCGCGAAGAUCAGCGUCAUCUCUGGAGUUGGGGUCAGAAGUUAUUAUGCCAAGUUGGGCUACUGGCUUGAUGGGCCCUAUAUGAGUAAAAAUUUGGAGUCGGCGUGGGUAAGAGAGUGA